AAUUAUGCUGUCCGUUGGGGGAAGCAUGGUAUGAUCCCGAUGCUCUUAUGAUCUUUGACCGUAUGAUUUUGUGGUGGUGGGACCCCCAGGCCCAAAAUCUGACAUCGCUCACUGUUACUUUAAUAUGACGCCCUUGUUUGCUUCUUGUUCCCCAUUCAGGCCUCACGCUGCUACGUCCGAUCCGAAUACAUUUCCGUCUUUUCUUUUCUUCGACAACUUCUCUCUCAGUGCAGCUGACAAUUUCUGCACAGAGACGGAGUACCAUUCCGGCAACAAGCCAGGGCUGAGCCCCACCUAACAACCCCAAAAGAUAAAGCAACAUCCCCAUUCAUUUCAAACUCAACCUAUUCCACACUACUCGUAGUAUUUUCAUGCCGCAUCUCUCGUGUUCCCGCGUUAUCUGCAAAACUUAAACCACUCUCAUUCGUUCCCUCCUUUCGUCUUCAACUUCUCUCUCUACCCCCAUUCUCUAAGCCAUGCCUGAUGCAACAGCGGCUUCAGAAUCACAGCACAUCAAAUGCCCAAGGCCCAGGACCCAAUUCGCACAUCUCAUUUCCCUGACAGAUCCCAACCAACAAACCCCUUCCCUGCGCCAAUCCACUCGCUGCAAACCCACCAUUUCCUCUAUCCUCUCUGCCUCCUCCCACGACACUUCCGGUGAAACCGCACCACCCAGCCUUAACGCCAAUAAGAAGAAGACCAAUUUCUCCGCGGCAGCCUUGAGAGGAUUCGGAUGCACUGCGGGAGCCUCGCGGCAGGUAUCGCUGCCGGCGGUCAUUCGGACAUCGGCUGAUUGGCAACAAACCAAAGCCAGAAAAAAGAAGCACAAGAGGAAUGGUGCCAACAACAGUAUGAGCGGUCAAGGCGUUCUUGAUGGUUCAAAUCCUGGUUCCAUUAGUUGUGCUGAUCUUCAAGAUGCUUGGUGUGGCCCUGGAAUUGGGUUUUCGGCGGAUGUUGCGUCCCCUGCGGAUUGUGUUGUCGCCAGGAAGAAUGGCCCUACCAGAGGGAGCCACAGGGAGCCAUUCACGGGUCGCCCUCGGUCUUCUGGGACUGCUGGAUCCUAUCGCCAUGUUCCACUUCCUCCCUCCCAUAACUUUGCUGGGAUGAUGCUGCUACAAGGAAAUCUGCUAAUGGGGGGAAGAUUGAAUUCUCGCGACCACUAUAGAGACUGGAGACUUGAUGUUGAUAACAUGUCUUAUGAGCAAUUGCUGGAGCUUGGUGAAAGAAUUGGUUAUGUAAACACUGGACUUAAAGAAGAUGAGGUAGGACGUUACAUCAGGAAAUAUAAGCUUUCCAAGUUCAAUGAGACAUCAAAACGUCAACUUGGCAACAGGUGCAGCAUUUGUCAGGAAGAAUACGAAGCCGAUGAUGAGGUGGGAAGGCUAAGUUGUGAACACGACUAUCACUUUCAGUGUUUAAAGCAAUGGCUCGCACAGAAGAAUUGCUGCCCAGUGUGUAAGCAAGAAGUUGCUCGUCGUCACUCCGUGGCCAAGUCCUGAAUUUUUCUUGUUUUUAAAAUAAAUUUUUGGGCUUUUGGACGGCUGCUUCCUCUGUAUAGCAUUUCAUCUCCAGUAUAAGCUAGAAUUACUUUUUUUCCCCGUCAAUUUUCAUUCCAUCCUUUGCAUGGAAAACGCACUUUUCCAUAAUUGGACACUCCUGUAAGGUGAUGAUAGGAUUUUUGUUCAGGGAGCUGUGAAUUGCUCAUUUGGUGGUGUGUUUGGUAAUCGAACUAUCUUAUUCCUUAGUUCGUUCAAUUAGAAGGGGAGCGGUUGCUGUAUUCCUCUAUAUUUGUUUUGGGUUGGGCCUUAUGGGGUUGUUAUCAUAUAGAAAGCAUAAUAAAUGGUUUUACGGGCCA